AUGUCCAAACCUACUCGUUCGCAAACUUUAAUCUCACCUACAUUAAUUACCGUUAAAAAUCCCAAAACUGGAAAUGAUUUUAUUUUGGAAUAUUCAAUUCAUGUUGGAUCAAAAAGAUUUAAUCAAGAAUUAAAGAAUAUAUUUCCUGAUAUAAAAGUUAUUCUUGAAAAAGAAAAAUGUUUAGUUAUUCCAAUAUUUUUGAAAUGUGAAAACGAUAUGAUUGGUAUCGGUAGUGAGAUAGAUAAAGAGAAAGAUUUGAAAUUAAAUGACUUUGUUGAAUGGGGAAAAUUAAUUUGUCAAAAAUUAAAAGAUCAAGGAUAUUGGGCAGAUCUUACUGAUCCCGCUUCGGGAUACCCUGUAAGACCAUCAAUGUAUCCAGAUGUACAUGGAGCCGAACAACUUUUGAAAUAUUCAAUUCAAAAUGUAGGAUGUUGUAAUAUUUUAUUACAUCCAAAAUGGGGUAGUAAAGUUUAUCCUGGAACUUUAUUCUCUAAUGCCAAUUUAAAUGAAAUUGAACAAGUUAUUGAUGAAAGUCAAAGUAGUAAUGGAAAAAGUGAGGAAAAUUAA